AUGGAGGCAGGAUCGAGUGGUUUUUCAGCAAUGGCUCCACCAGUGUUUGAUGGAGAAAAUUAUCAAGCCUGGGCAUUGAGAAUGCGAGCCUAUCUAGAGGGUUGUGAUUUUUGGGAAGUUGUGGAACAAGAUUAUGAAGUUGCUCCCCUUCCUGACAAUCCAACCAUUAAUCAGAUCAAGUAUCACAAGGAGAGGACAACAAGGAAAGCAAAGGCAAAGUCUUGUUUAUAUGUUGCUAUCUCACUUGCCAUUUUCAGCAGAAUUAUGGCUUGUGAAUCAGCCAAAGCUAUCUGGGACUUCCUCAAAGCUGAGUUUCAUGGAGAUGAGAGGAUCAUAAGCAUGAAGGGGCUAAAUCUGAUCACAGAAUUCGAGAGACUGCAGAUGAAGGAGUCUGAGACAAUUAAGGAGUAUUCUGAUAAGUUGAUAAGCAUUGCAAAUCAGGCAAGAGUUCUAGGCACUGACCUCUCUGAUAAUAGGCUAGUGCAGAAGAUUCUUGUCUCCUUGCUCGAAAGGUUUGAGGCAACCAUUGCCUCUUUGGAGAAUACCAAGGAUUUGUCUCAGAUCAAGUUGGCAGAAUUGCUAAGUGCCUGCAAGCACAAGAGCAGAGGAGGUUAA